AACAUCUUCCACCAUGGCCACCUCGGCGAGUUCUCACUUGAACAAAGGCAUCAAGCAGGUGUACUUGUCCCUGCCUCAGGGUGAUAAAGUCCAAGCUAUGUAUAUUUGGAUUGACGGUACUGGAGAAGGGCUGCGCUGUAAGACCCGGACCCUGGACUGUGAGCCCAAGUGCGUAGAAGAGUUGCCUGAGUGGAAUUUUGAUGGCUCUAGUACUUUUCAGUCUGAAGGCUCCAACAGUGACAUGUAUCUCAUCCCUGCUGCCAUGUUUCGGGACCCUUUCCGCAAGGACCCCAACAAGCUGGUGUUCUGUGAAGUCUUCAAGUACAACCGAAAGCCUGCAGAGACCAAUUUAAGGCAUACCUGUAAACGGAUAAUGGACAUGGUGAGCAAUCAGCACCCCUGGUUUGGAAUGGAGCAGGAAUACACUCUCAUGGGCACAGAUGGGCACCCUUUUGGUUGGCCUUCCAAUGGCUUCCCUGGGCCUCAAGGUCCCUACUACUGUGGCGUGGGAGCGGACAAAGCCUAUGGUAGGGAUGUCGUGGAGGCUCACUACCGGGCCUGCCUGUACGCUGGCAUCAAGAUCGCAGGGACAAAUGCCGAGGUCAUGCCCGCCCAGUGGGAAUUCCAGAUAGGACCCUGUGAAGGAAUCGACAUGGGAGAUCAUCUCUGGGUGGCCCGUUUCAUCUUGCACCGAGUGUGUGAAGACUUUGGAGUGAUAGCAACCUUUGAUCCCAAGCCCAUUCCUGGAAAUUGGAAUGGUGCGGGCUGCCACACCAACUUCAGCACCAAGGCCAUGCGAGAGGAAAAUGGUCUGAAGUACAUUGAGGAGUCCAUCGAGAAGCUGAGCAAGCGCCACCAGUAUCACAUCCGAGCCUACGAUCCCAAGGGGGGCCUGGACAAUGCCCGGCGCCUAACUGGAUUCCACGAAACCUCCAACAUCAACGACUUUUCUGCUGGCGUCGCCAACCGUAGCGCUAGCAUCCGCAUUCCCCGAACUGUCGGCCAGGAGAAGAAGGGCUACUUCGAAGACCGUCGCCCCUCUGCCAACUGUGACCCCUUUGCGGUGACAGAAGCCCUCAUCCGCACGUGUCUUCUCAACGAAACUGGCGACGAGCCCUUCCAGUACAAAAACUAAGUGGACUAGACUUGCAGCCGUGGAACCCCUUCUAAUUCUUCAUCCUACCCCCCCUCUCGCCCCCCUCUCAAUUGUCAUAAUAGCUAUAUAACUCAAAGGGUGGAAUAUCAAGGUCUUUUUUUAUUCCUCAUUCCCAGUUAAUAUCUCUUGCUUUCUCUGGCAAGGUCGAGUUCUUAAUCUCUUCACACACACCCCCUUUUUCCCCCUAUCACUGAGGCUUUCUAGUGCGUUACUGGGGAGUGGGGUGGGGAUACAUAACCACUGCUUCCAUUUAAUCAGGUGUGUUUGUCCAAUAGGCAUAGCUAUCUGGACUGUGCGCAUAGUGUUUGUGAAGGGAGGGGAAGGACUUUUUCUCCGAGGUAGCUGAAGGAGUGGGGGAGCUGGGCUUAUCCCGUGGUUAAGUUCGAUUUCCCUUUGUGAUGGGAAGUUCCAUUUCUGAAAAGGUUAUAUAACCAACUUUCUAAUAAAACUGAGACGUAGGAGAGAGGAAAGGGUAGAAAUCGGGCAGGAAAAUGGCCUCUUACUCUGGGGCAGUGCUUCCCUUGUCUGGGACUAAAUGCCCUCACUCGACAAGCUCAGCAUAAAGGGCUGGGAUGGGUAGCCCUACCUUAGAAGAAAAAGUUCUCAUUGCUUGAUCCUCCAUUUAUAACACAGAGUAGUAUUUUUAUAUUUAAAUGCAAAAACAAAAAAAUUAUAUAUAUGGGAGUACAGAUAUGUGUGCUUUUUCUAAAGGAUAAAAACCAUCCUGGUCACCGGGAGCCAAAUUUGAGGGGCAUGGUCUGAUUAGAAAUAAAUGUCUCCUUCGGAAUGGGGGUGAGGGUGGCGGUGCUUGAAAAGUUGGCUGCGUGGGCUGUGAUUCCCUCACUACCACUUAGAGGUUUCCCUGUUGUCUGCCCACGCUUCUGGAGGGGGUGGACAUUGGUCAGUUAACCAGUGGAAGCACAUUAUAGGAGCAGCAGUCAGUCAUCUAGCCCUGUGGCUUUGGCUUAAGAAGUACACAUGUACACACGGGUUUAGAAAUAUGAGUUGGCUGGUCAACUUGAGCAUGUUACUGACAAGGGGGUAUUGGGGUUAUUUUCUGGUGGGACUAGCAUGUUACUAAAGCAGGCCUUUUGAUAUAUUAAAAAUUUUUUAAAACAAAACAAGUUUAGAUUUUGAUCAUAUUUGUAGGGAUUUUAAGUCUUCUACAGAAUUGCUUGUUUGCUUCAACUGUCUCCCACAUCUGCUCUUUGAGGAGAUGGGGACAGGAAUGGAGUCAAAACACUUGUAAUUUUAUAUCCUGGUGUCUGUUCUGAGUGAAAUAUUCCUUUCUUUUAAGUUUCCCAAGGAGUUAUUUUUUUUUCUUUUAUAAUAAAAACCAAACUCCACCUUUAUCCCUAUGUUUUCCCUACCGUUUCUGGCUGUUUCUGUGUUGGCUGUGGCAGGCCGGCUGUGGGGUUUUGUUUUUUGUUUUUUGUUUUUUGUUUUUGCCAUGACAACUUCUAAUUGCCAUGUACAGUAUGUUCAGUUAGAUAACUCCUCAUUGUAAACAAACUUAACUGCCCAGAGCAGCUCUAAAUCAACCAUUUACAAGAUCUC